AUGGAAAAUGUGCUGUCGCUCCUGGUGUUACUCGCCAUCUCGCCCUGUGCCUGGUCCCAAAUCCAGCUGGUCCAGUCCGGGCCCAGCAUGGUGAAGCCCGGAGAGCCCCUCUCACUGACCUGCACCGUGUCUGGUUACUCCAUUUCUUCUGGCUCCGACUGGGCUUGGAUCCGGCAGGCUCCUGGGAAAGGCUUAGAAUAUAUGGGGUAUAUAUACGGACCUAGCCAGGGCACCAACUACACCCCGGCUUUCCAGAGCCAAAUCACCAUCACCACAGACACCUCCAAGAACCAGUUCUCCCUGCAUCUCCGCUUGCUGACAGCUGCAGACACCGCCAGCUAUUACUGCACCCAAGACACACCUAGCAAGGGAGGGAAAAUGGGAUUUUUGCUCCUUUUAGUUUUCUCUUUAGCAGCUUUGGAAGGUGUCUGGUCGCAGGUGCAGCUGGUGGAGUCCGGAGGGGAUGUGAAAAAGCCCGGAGACUCUCUCCGCCUCUCCUGCAAAGCCUCCGGGUUCACCUUCAGCAGCGCCUACAUGAGCUGGGUCCGGCAGGCUCCUGGCAAGGGGCUGGAAUGGGUCGCUUAUAUUAGCAGCAGUGGGGGUACUAUAUACCUUGAUUCAGUGAAAGGCCGGUUCACCAUCUCCAGGGAUGAUCCCAAGAGUGAGCUGUAUCUGCAAAUGACCGGCCUGAAGCCCGAGGACACCGCCCGCUAUUACUGUGCGAGACACACAGUGACACGAAACCGAGCCCCGCUGGGCCUGCGGCGCAGAGAUCCCUCGCUUCAUCUGUGA